AUGGAGCCCUUCUUCUCCAGGACGCUGUCCCAGCUCGCGCCUCGGCUGCGCCAGACCUCACAUCCGACAGCAUGGCCGUACCGCAACUGUCGCGUGCCCGUCACUUCUUCGACCAGACAGGAGAGAGCCUUUACAAAUACCGCGACGAGAUGGCCCCGCGAGAAGCCCGACUCCUCCAGCGUCAAGACCGACUCUGACUCCAUACCCGCCGCCGACCUGUCACAGAAUGUCACCCAAGUGGAGCGAAGCCACUACGAUGCCGUGGAGGAGGAGAGCAAAGAGAAGCAGAUGCGCUCGCCUUGGAUGCGCGAUGGGAGUGAAAAGCCACCAGUAGCCCGCAAUAGAAGCGCUGGUGCCAUGACAAAGGGCAAGCUCCUUACAACGCCCAGUCGGAUGUUGAAGUUGAUCUUACCCCUGACGACGAGGGAUGCGAAUAAUGAUCGGAAGGAUGUUGAGCCAUUGGCGUUGCUGGUGCAUCCGCAGCAACCGCUGAGUUAUCUGGAACGGCUCAUACAGAGCGAGCUACCUGUGAUCAAGGAUGGCGAGAAGGAGAAGAUUCCGAAAGUGACCUUCCGAGCGCAGGACUCUACCGAAGAGGAUAUUUCGAGCGGCAAACCCGCAGCCGACGACCUCGAAGGCGCAGACGAGACUAUGGUGGACGGCAAGCGCGAGCGCACGGGCAAGAUCAAAUCCUCCCAAGACGACGGCCCCAUGCCCACCAAACAGCAACGCGAGCACCCCGAUGACGCCCAAUCCGCGGACCCGGAACACCCCAACUUCGUCCGCUGGUCCCCCUCCACAGAGAUAGGCGACUUCAUCCGCGACGCCGCCCGCGGCUCCGAGUUCGCCGUCGACAUCGAAGGCGCGCCCGAGAGCAUCUACAUCGGCGUCCCCUCCUUCGACGAACGCACCUUCUACCUCCGCAUGCGCCUGCGCAAAGUCUCCAAAACCAUCCUGCAGUACGCCGACCUGAAGCGCGAGUGCGAUAACCUCGCCCAACGGGGCGCGCAGCGCGUCGCGCAGGGAGGGUUUGCCGGGAUGGUGAGUUGGUGGGCGAUUGUGUACUACCUCACGUUCAAGACGGACCUGGGAUGGGACGUCAUGGAACCGGUGACCUACCUCGUCGGGCUGACGGGUUUGAUGGGCGGGUACAUGUGGUUCUUGUACCAUAACCGGGAAGCGAGCUACCGCAGCGCGAUGAACUUUACGAUUUCUCGGAGGCAGAGUAAAUUGUAUGAGCAGAAGGGGUUUAAUCUGCAGCGGUGGGAGGGAUUGGUGGAGGAGGGGAAUCGGUUGCGGAGGGAGAUUCAGAUGGUGGCGGAUGAGUAUGAUGAGGAGUGGGAUGAGCAUCAGGAUGAGGGGGACUCGAAGGUUUCCGAGGCGUUGAGGAAGGAGAGGAGGAAGAAUAAUAGGAAGGAAGGGAAGGCGGGAAAGAAGGAGGAUGGGGAUGGGGAUGAUGAUGAUUGA